AUGAAUCGCAGCUUCACCAUCGACUCCAUCCUCGCCCGCAAGUCUACAGUAAAACAAAAGAUUCACUCCGAAGAAAGACUUCAUCUCAUCCGAGUCUUCCUCCAAUCCAGCAACCUCUGGCGACGUUUUCACAGUCUUGGAACAGAAAUGAUUGUGACGAAAAGUGGAAGAAGAAUGUUUCCCACCCUAUCAGUCAUAAUAGCCGGGCUGGAUCCCGUCAAAAAUUAUGUGGUGAUGGUAGAUUUGGAGUGUAUUGAAUUGAAAAGAUUCCGGUAUUCAUUUCAUCAAAGUAAAUGGAUUUCAACAGGGCCAGGAGAAAGUGAACUACCAAGUCGAAUGUUCGUCCACUCCGACUCACCGGCUCGCGGAGCACACUGGAUGAGAGCACCUGUCAGUUUUGAUAAAAUGAAGUUGACGAACAAUCAGUUGGAUAAUAAUGGACAUAUCAUCGUCAACUCUAUGCACAAAUACCGUCCACGAGUCCACAUCAUCGAACAAGACGGCUCUCAAAUGCGACACACAUUCUCUUUCGAAGAAACUGAAUUCAUUGCAGUAACCGCUUAUCAGAACCAUAGAAUAACCAGUCUGAAAAUCGAGUCGAAUCCAUUCGCCAAGGGGUUCCGAGAGUGUGAAGUGCAGGGAAUGGAGAUGAGUCAUCUGGGACUCGGUGGUGGCGGUUCUGGCGCCUUUCAAUCAGUUUUUCCAUUGAUUUUUCCGUAUUUUGCAAAUUUGGCGGCGAAUGGGAUUGGUGUUGAGAAAUGA